AUUUAAUAUGGCAAAUGUUACUCAUUUACAUAUUCCUGCUAAACCAAUAGUUUUAAUUACAAGUUCUAUUCCACAAGAGUUUGAAUUUGAAAUUUGCAAAACUAAAUAUAAGACAAAAAAAGGUCUUACACAACAUCAAAGUAUUUUUCGAAAGUACAACAUUUGUCGUGAAGGAUUAUAUGUACUACCACCAGAAGCAAUUGGUCAAUUUAAAAAAGAUCUUCUUUACAUAAUAGGAAGCCGGCUUAAAGAACACUUUACACAAUCGGGAAGGCAAUCUUUUUCUUUUCUAUGCCUAGAAA